AUGGCCAGUGGUGGAGGAACAGUGAAUAUUGGUGGAAAUGGUGUUGCUUCGGGAAUGAAUGUAAAUCUCCAAGCCUUGCAGACAUUCCAUCAACGUUGUGGUCGCCGUAUUACCCUGUCCAAUGGUAAUCGUACAGCCUCCCGUUCGGUUAGGGAUUUCAGUCAUGCUUUGGUAUUCAGUGCAGAGCCAUUAAUUGAUGAUGUCUUGUUUGAGGUUGUCAUAGAAAGGAAGAAUCACUCAUGGGGUGGCAGUAUUGAAAUUGGGGUCACCUCUGAAUCACCCGACAAACUGGAAUUGCCUUCCUGUGCCACGGUUAUGCGUAAUGGUACCUGGGUCAUGUCCGGCAUAGAUGUACGCAAGGAUGGCCUUUGCCUAACGGAAUUUUAUGGUGUGGAUUUGGAGACCCUCAACGAAAAUGAUCGGGUGGGCGUGAUGAGAACCUCCAACAAUGAGUUGGUGUUCUAUGUUAAUGGCGAGUCCCAGGGAGUGGCUGCCGUGAAUAUGCCCAAAACCCUGUGGGCUUUGGUGGAUUUAUAUGGACGCUGUGUCCAGGUGUCCAUUUGUCCCACAGAUGGCAAUGGUGGUUGUGGGGACUUUUCGGAAGAGCUACCCCAACACUCCCAACAACUUGUCCAAAACAUCGAUGUCGAUGUUACCGUCACCAGUUCAUAUACCCCUAAUGGUGGCGGUCAUGCCGCCACAACACUAGCAGAUGCCCCACCCUCAUUAGCCAAUUCAUCUAUCUUGAAUUUGGCCAAUUUCGGUGCCACCUCAACACAAAUAAGCACCUCCUCGCCGGGUGGUGACUAUUACGAUAUGAAUGAUCGUCUGCGUUUUCAUACACGUUGUGGUUCGUUGGUUAAGCUAUCUCCGAAUUGUCGUUCGGCUGAAAGAAGGCGUCCAUUGGAUGAAUUCAAUAAUGGUGUGGUAAUGACCCAUCGUCCGCUCAAGGACAAUGAACUGUUCGAAAUACGCAUUGACAAAUUGGUAGACAAGUGGUCGGGUUCGAUUGAGGUGGGCGUUACCACACACAAUCCUACGGUCUUGCAUUUUCCAGCCACUAUGACAAAUAUGCGUUCCGGCACAAUAAUGAUGUCCGGUUGUGGCAUAUUGACCAAUGGCAAAGGCACCAGACGUCAAUAUGGCGAAUUUAAUUUGGAUGAGCUGAGAGAGGGUGAUCGUGUGGGCAUGAUGCGUAAGGCCAAUGGUAAUUUGCAUUAUUAUAUUAAUGGCCAAGAUCAGGGUGUGGCCGCCACCAGGGUGGCCUCCACACUGUGGGGUGUUAUAGAUCUUUAUGGUAUGACCAUAAAGGUGACGAUUGUGGAUCGUGAUGAGAGGGAGCAGCAGAAUUUGGUGACGCGACGGAAUAAUUUGAUAUCCACGAAUGCCACAGCGGCAUCUGUGGGCGGAUUGCAAAAUGUCAGCGCCAAUGGUAGUGGUUUGGCAAAUUCGGCAGCCCCCACACCAGUUUUGAGUUUGCUCAGUCCUGAAAGUGAGGUCGCUGCCAUGGCAGAUUCAGGGCAUGCUGGUACAGCGAAUCCUUCGAGAAAUGAUGAUCGUUUGACAUUCCAUCCCUUGUGUGGUUCGCAUGCUACGGUGACUCACUCGGGAAGGACGGCAUUGAGACCAAAUGCCUCGGAUGAUUUCAAUAACGGUGUGGUCUUGACCAGACGUCCUCUGAGACCCAAUGAAUUAUUCCAAGUGCGUUUGGAGCGAGUUGUUACGAAAUGGGCUGGUUCGGUGGAGAUGGGUGUUACCACGCACAGUGCUGAGGAAUUGGAUUUCCCCUUUACCAUGACCAAUGUGAGAUCUGGCACCUGGAUGAUGACGGGCAAUGGUGUCAUGCACAAUGGCAUAACGGUAAUCGAGCAGUAUGGUCAAAAUUUGGAUCGCCUCCAGGUGGGAGAUCGUGUUGGUGUGGUACGCAAAGAUGAUGGCACGCUGCAUUUCUUUGUCAAUGGGGUUGAUCAGGGGCCGGCGGCAACAAAUGUACCCGAACGGGUUUAUGGUGUUAUCGAUCUCUAUGGUCAGGCGGCUCAGGCCUCCAUUGUGGAUACUUCGGAAUGCAAUAGCCCCGAUACUGGCAAUUCCACAAUUUCAAAUACCACUUUAUAUAGUGAAACACCAUUGCGGUUCCACAGCAUUCAUGGUAAAAAUGCCAGUAUUUCAAAUUCAGGAUUAACCGCAUCUCGGCCGAACUCUUUGGCCGAGUUCAAUGAUGCGAUUGUUUUCAGCAACCGCCCGCUGAGGCAAAGGGAACUGUUUGAGGUAUGUUUGGAGGAAGUGGUACGUCAUUGGUCGGGUAAUAUUGAAAUAGGUGUAACCGGUUCUCGGCCCGAGGAUAUACAAUUGGCUGCCAAUGCCACGGAAAUGGAUGCAAAUGACACGAUUAUAUUGUGUGGUCCCAUGAUUUUCCAUAAUCGCAAAAAAUUGCGGAGUAAUGUCCUGGUCGAUUUGGAUACGUUGGGUACUGGGGCCAGGGUGGGAGUGAUGCGUAAUGGUGAUUUUAUACAUUUCUUUAUUGAUGGCAUUGAUCAGGGUCCGGCAUGUGAAUGCCGAUCACCGAAUGUAUGGGGUGUCAUCGAUUUGUAUGGACAAUGUGCCCAGGUAUCGUUGACCCAGGCCCAGGCAACGGAUAUGCGAGCUCCAUAUGCCACCAGUGAGAAUUCACAAAGUUGUCAGGCAACAUCGGUAAUCCAACCGACCACAUUGGAGACGAAGCAUCGUUGGACAUGUAUAUCAGGAAAUGUAACCUUGACACAAAAUUGGACAGUGGCGUCAAGGUUGACCGGGGCUUCGGCAGCCCUAUCACGGUGUGUGGUAUUUUCCGAACAUCCAUUGAGUGUCGGUUCACCGUUUGAAAUAAAAUUGGUGUCGCAUAAUCCGUUGUUUGCGGGCUGCCUCAGUAUUGGUAUCACCGAUUUGAAUUUAGCCGACGAUAAUGUCCGCAAAAACAUACCGUUGAGUAUUAAGCGCAUACCGGCCAAUGUUUGGUAUGCCUCGGGUAAUGAGGUCCGUUACAAUUCCACAUUGUUGCAAAGGUCAAUGACCUCUUUGGAAUGGCUAAGGGUUGGCGAUCGCAUUGCCCUGGAAUUGACACCGGCAAGGACAUUGAAGAUACUACUUAAUUCGGAGGAUAUGAAUAUACAAUUUCAAAAUGUUCCCAAUGAUGUCUAUGUGGUAGUCGAGUUACAAGGCUCCACAAUGGCUGUACAGGUGAUUUCAUCACAAGGUCCAACCUCACCCCUAAGACCCUUCAGUUUACGCCUUCAAGAUUCCUUGGAAUUUGGUGUAGAUCCAUUAAAUAAACAAGAUUCCAUGUUGGAAUCCAUUGAAUCGGAAGCAUUGGUAUAUGAAUUCUCUGAGAUAUGUGGUAAAAAUAUCCGACUACUCGAAGAACAUCGUUCGGCAAUGCGUUCGCAAUCGUAUAAUAAUGGUUUGGUAUUCGUUACCAAACCACUGUGCAAGGGAGAGAGUAUCAGUAUUAAAAUCGAUUCCAUUAACAGCAAAUGGAAGGGUACCAUAGGUCUGGGUGUGGUGGGCCAGUGUCCACAAAUCUCAUCAUCCGGCUCUGCCUUACCACCGUCCAUUAUCCAAUGUAAACGUCCUUGUUGGGUGGCCACCCAUGAUUAUAUUAAUGUAAAUGGUCAAAAAAUUGCCUCCAAAUAUGGUGAGGCCUUGGAGCACAUACAGCCGGGAACGGUUAUAACCAUGACACUGACACAUGCGGGCAUGUUAAUCAUUAUGGUGGGUUCCAUUAACUUGGAGGACUUGACAUCGGGCCUCUCAAAUCAUGUCUAUCCCGUUUUCGAUUUAUAUGGUAAAUGUGAACGUAUUACCAUAAUAACGGGCAGUGAUGCGGCACGUAAUGGUACACCCAUUGUGGAGGAAUCGACGGCAUUGGAAAUCGAUUCCAUAGAUCAGGAUUCUAGCAUACCACAGUGUGAAAAGGCCGAUUUGGAAGUACAUGAAAAGGAAACGGAACAAUCGAUAAGUUUAAAUACGCAACCAACAACAACGACAGCAAUGAACCGUUCGGUCAUGGAAAGUGUCUCCGAAAAUCUCUUACUCAAUAUGUCUAUUAAAAAUCGUACGCUUGAACAAAAUCGUGCAGAUCCCACUAGUUCCAGCUCAUCGUGCUGCCUUCAAGAGUCUCUAUUAUUACAGCAUAACACAAAUUUACACAUACAAUUAAGUCAGAGUACCCAGCGAUUUUAUAAUGCUUUAAUUGGUUUUGAUAACAGCAACUCCUCGGGAGGAGCUUCCACAUCAACAGCGGCCGCCGCUGUAGCAGCCGGCGGUACCUCCACAGCCAGCAAUCCGUCAAUGAAUAGCAGUAAUCAAUUGCAAAAUAUCGAUACAAAUAAAGAAAUCGAACACCACGCCGAAGAUAUUAAUGGGGCUGUGGGUGGAUUUUCACCCAGGGAUACAACAGAGGUGUCGGCAGCAGCCAUGGUGGUGUCGAACAAUGUACGCUGUGCUUCCAAAGAUAAUCUGCAUGAACUCAACGAAGAGGCCAAUUUGGCUUUGCAACAACAACAAAGGCAAGAAAAUGAAACGCUGGAUAAUAAUACCAACGAUAAUUGUGCGGUCGAAAGUUCCGCAAAUAAUUUGUCCAUUGAAAUAACCACGGCAAAUGAUAGUCCCUCCUCAUCCGCAGUGGAUGUUGAUGAAGAUUGUUUGGUAGAUGUUUUCAAUGACCGUCUGCUGCUACUGCGUCAAUUACAUUUGCAGCGGCGCCAGGAGCAGCAACGCCUCCAACAACAAUUUAAUUUGGAUAAUUCCUCAUCCUCUUCGGCGGUGGUUUCCAAUCAAUUCGAUAGCAUGCAAUCGAUCGCAUCCAUUGAGCGAAAAGAUUGUGAAUAUUUGAAAUUGGUACAGGAGUUCCGUAACUCUUUGGUAUUGCCCGAGAGUUUCUUUCAAUCGACAGUGGAACCGAUUUGCUUUUGCAGCCACUGUAAUGCCCAGGCAUCGGAAAAGCUACACGGUUGGGUAUACUUCAAAUUGAAUCAACAGACCGUCAAUUCGAAUUCUUCGACUCAACAUGCUUUGGAUGGCGAUAUGAAUGGUGAUUGGUUGCCGUUGUUCUAUAUGACGCGGGUGGAUAAAAUUCGUGCAAUUCUUGAUCAUGGUCAGCCUUUGCCCAUCGAUACAAAUGGAGAAAUGCAUUCCCAUGCCAGUGGUGGCAGCAAUCAAAAAGAUGAACCUGGAACGCGUCUGGAAUUACAUUUCACUCCCAACUCAACGGCCAUUAUACCCAUAAAUCAGCAGUACAAAUAUCAUUUUUAUGGGCAGAUCUAUCAAAUCAAUACAGCCUUUGAGGUGUAUGUGCGGCGGCAAAGUCUCUGUGCUUCAUCGAAAUCGACACUACACGAGGGAGGAGGUAAAUUUCAUGAAGAGCGAAGGUCGUCAACAUCCGAUGUUGAUUUGGCAGGGUGUUCCACAUCUUCGGCGGGGGCUGGAGGAAAUGCUGGCGCAGCUAAUGGGGCCUCUGGGGGUCAUCAUGAUUUAUAUGCCGGACCCUCCACCUCGUUAUCCUCGGCGCCGGUUAUUAAAGAUCAAACCUGGUUUACCAAAGAGGCUGGCGCUUGUGUUAUAACUGCUUUAAUUUUAAAGCUUGAUAAAAUCGGCACAUCAUCAUCGUCAGCAUCCAACACAACAAUGGCCAACACAGUGGCCAAUGAACAUCAUUAA